AUGGACACGAAAUGCCAGAGUAUCUUUGUCACAGACUUUGGCUUCGACCCCCUGAACCUGGGCAACAGCCCCGACCGCCUCAAGUGGUUUGCUGAGGGCGAGCGGAUCAACGGCCGCUGGGCCAUGGCUGCGGUGGCAGGAAUCCUGGGCGUAGACCUCCUGGGCAGGCCUGCGUGGUUUGAGGCCGGGGCCCUGGACUACUGGAUGCCGGCCAAGCCGCUCUUGGCCAUCGAGUUCCUGACCCUGGGCUUCCUGGAGCUCAAGCGCUACCAGGGCUGGAAGGAGACCGGGUCCAGCGGCUUCCUGAACAGCUUCCCCUUUGACCCUGCAGGCCUGGACUCCCCCUCCAUGCGGCUGAAGGAGAUCAAGAACGGCAGGCUGGCCAUGAUUGCCUUCAUCGGCUUUGUGGCCCAGGCGACCGUGACGCGGCAAACCCCCCUCCAGAACCUCACCGCGCACCUUUCCUCACCGUUUGAUAACAACAUCCUCACCUCUGUGGCCAACCUGCCCAGCACCCUGCCAGGCGCCUGA